CUGCCUCCCGCCCCGUCCUCUGCUGCGCGUCUCUCACCGUCCUCUGCGGGUCUGGACGUGGCGGGUUGCUUUCCAAAAUGGCGCGGGCGCUGAGGGCGGCCGCCGGGAAUGCCAUAGAAUGGGGAGAAACCAGAAAGGAGAGCAAGUCCUGUAAAAACAACAACUGCUACUUCGGCCGAACUCCAAGCAUGACCAGCUUUCUGUUGGGAACAGUCAAAGGGCUUUUUUCCAGACUCCAAGCUCCCAUUCCAACAUUAAGAGCUUCUUCCACAUCACAGCCCUUGGAUCAAGUGGCAGGUUCUUUGUGGAACCUGGGUCGACUCAAUCACGUAGCCAUAGCAGUGCCAGAUUUGGAAAAGGCUGCAGCAUUUUAUAAGAAUAUUCUCGGGGCCCAGGUAAGUGAAGCGGUCCCUCUUCCUGAACAUGGAGUAUCUGUUGUUUUUGUCAACCUGGGAAAUACCAAGAUGGAACUGCUUCAUCCAUUGGGACGUGACAGUCCAAUUGCAGGUUUUCUGCAGAAAAACAAGGCUGGAGGAAUGCAUCACAUCUGCAUCGAGGUGGAUAAUAUUAAUGCAGCUGUGAUGGAUUUGAAAACAAAGAAGAUCCGCAGUCUAAGUGAAGAGGUCAAAAUAGGAGCACAUGGAAAACCAGUGAUUUUUCUCCAUCCUAAAGACUGUGGUGGAGUUCUUGUGGAACUGGAGCAAGCUUGAUUUAUAUUUGCAGGCAACUAAAUUAAUUGACCUGAAAAAGCCUAUCAAAUACUAUCAAAAUGCAUGACAUUGAGUCCUUCACUGCUUCCAACAUGUAAAAGUUCACAGUUAAAAACUGAAUUACAGAAAGAUUAUAUACAUAUAUAAAUCCAUAAAUAUGUAUAUUUAAUUAACAAACAUUUGUUAAUUUGAAUUUGAAGAAAACCUUGAUUACUAAUUACUUAGGGAACAUUAUUAAAGUCAUAUAGAAAUAGAUUAUUCCUUUUCUACAAUGGGGUAAUUGAAUGUAAUGUGUUAGCUAUGUACAAGGAUAUGUGUGUGAUGUUGGAUGGAUACACAAAGGAGUUAUGAAAGUAUAUGACAAUUUUGUGGCUCAUAUUUGGGGCAAAACUUUCUAAGAAUGUUUCGAAAUACUUUUUUAGAGCAAACUGUUUAAGAUUAGGGAAUUUUGAUCUCAGAAUUUUUGCUCUUCAAAAACAACUCAUGGUCACAGGUUCCUCAGGGUCCAGGUGUCUUGGGUGCUAGGGCUAGAUGUAUAGGAAGUUUUGUGGAAAACCUGGUGCGUCAUCCAGUGGGUGCGUAGGUGGCUGAAUUAUUUUUUAAAUCAGUAGUAAUUUGUAGAGUUAGGUAUCACUUAGAUGCUAGAACACCACCACAGGUCCUAGGGGAAAUAUACAAAAUGAAUAGAAAUCCACUGCCAAGAUGCUUACGGUUCAGUUGGGGAUAGUACUACUUGAAAUAAAUGUAAACACUUACAAAACAACAUCUGAAUGAAUUAAAAAGGAAGGGAAAGAGAAUAGAUCGCAGAGGAUGGUCAGACUCAAGUAUGUUAGAAACAAGUUUCAGAUAAAUUUCAAGGAUCACAGAUGGAUGCAUUGAAUGCAUAGUGGAUGGAAAAAUGGCUAACAAGUUCAUGGAUGAAUGGAUGUUGCAUAAAUGAGAAGAUAUAUAGACACUGAACUUGUUAUGGAAGACAAGUAUAAUAUCCAAUUAUACUUGUCAUUGAAAAGUUAAAGUAAAAAUUACAACAUUGAUGUGGUUCUUAGUGUAUGUAGAGGAAAUAUUUUAGACAAUUACAUCACAGGGUGGGGGCAGUAAAAGGGACUUAAAUGGUGGUUAAAUAUCCACAUUCCACUUCAAGUGGUAGAUGUUGAUACUAGUAGACUGCAAUAAACUGCAUGUGUGUAUUGCAGUCUGUAACCACUGAAAAACUAUAUGAAGAGAUACACUUAAAAAUGUAGAUAAAUUAAAGUGGACUACUAAAGAAUGCCCAAAUAACCCGCUUGAAGACAGGUAAGGGGAAACAGGAAAAAAAGCAAAACAAUAAAAUGACAGACCGAUAACCUCACUUAUCAGUAAUUAGGUUCAAUGUAAAUGCUCUAAACACACCAAGAUUGUGAGAGUGAAUUUAAAAACCUGACCCAACCAAAUGCUAAAUACAAGAAACUCAAAAUACCGGUAAAUUAGCAAUGAUUUAUCAGUAAAAAUCAAUAAACUAAGAGUAAAAGGAUAGAAAUAGAUACACCUUGCAAACGCUAAUUCAGAGAAAGCUGGAGUGGAUGAAUUACUAUCAGACAAGGUAAACUUUAGGACAAAAGAAAAUUGCCAGGGACAAAGAAGUACAUUACAUAAUGAUGAAGAGGUCCGAUCACAAAAAGACCGCAGGUGUGCAUUAACCAAAUAACACAGCUGCAAAGUAUACGAUCUAAGAAUUGAUAGAACUAAAAGGAAAAUAUAGACCAAUUUACAGUUUACAGUUGGGGACUUCAACACCCCUUGUUUAGUAAUGGAUAAACCCACUAGACAAAAAGCAAGUACGUGGGAGAACUGAACAGUCCCAUCAGCCAAUAUGUAAUACACAUUUUUUGAGCAUUUAUGGGACAUUCACCAAGAUAGACCAUAUCUUGGGUUAUGAAACUAACACAUUUAAAAUAAUUGAAACAUAAAAUAUGUGACCAUAAAUGAAUCAAACUAGAAAUCAGUAACAACAGAAAAAUCUCACCAAACCUGUAAGUUGUCAAAGAAGUAGCCUCAAGAGAAGUAAAAUACAUCCUGAGCUGAAUGAACUUUGGAAAUAAAACAAUCAUUUUUUAUAAAA